GCUCGCUAAAUCCGUGGUCGGUUAGCCUCCGCAAGGCCGCAAUAUUCGUUUUUUUACAACUUAAAUUUAAGGUCUACUUCCUAAGGAUAAACACAAACAGAAUGUGCUUCUGCAUGAAAUACGCCGUCUGCUGGAUCGUGCUGGUGGUGGCCGCGGUGGGUGUCACCCUGGGCCUGGUGUUCGGCCUGCGCGGACGCACCGAGGAGCCGCGCCGCAUGGGCGCCGUCGCCUCCAACGGCGUGGGCUGUGCCGAGGUGGGCGGUAACAUACUGGACAUCGGUGGCUCAGCAGCGGACGCGGCCAUUGCAACGAUGCUGUGCGAGGGCGUUAUGCUGCCUCACAGCCUGGGCGUGGGCGGCGGCUUCGUUGCCACCAUCUACUCCAAAGAGACGGGCUUCAUUGAGACGCUGAUUGCGCGCGAGACGGCCCCGGCGGCGGCCACCCAGGACAUGUUCGUGGACAAGGAGAUCACCGGCGCGCUCUCCUGUGCCGUGCCCAGCGAGAUCUACGGUUACUGGAAGCUGCACGACAAGUACGGGAAGCUUCCCUGGGACAAGCUCUUCCAGCCCACCAUUGACAUCUGCCGGAGCGGCAUCAAGGUGUCGCGCUAUUUGGCCGGCGUGCUAGAGCGGGAGGAGGAGCGUAUCCGCAGCGAGCCCUCCAUGGCGGAGAUCUUCAUCAACCCGAAGACGGACACUAUCUACAAGCAGGACGAGGUCAUGUACCGUCAUAUGCUGGCUGAGUCGCUCGAAAUAAUCGCCCAUGAGGGUCCCGGGGUCAUCUACCGGGGCGGCCGGGUCGGAGCGAAGCUGGUCGAAGACAUCCAAUCGAUGGGCGGCAUCGUCACCGAGGAGGAUCUCCAGAACUACGAAGUCCGUUGGGAAUUGCCACUGCAUGCCCGCUUCACGGGUGGAUACGAGCUAUAUACCUCACCCCUGCCCACCAGUGGGGCGGUGCUCACAUUCAUACUGAACGUGAUGGAGCCGCUGUACACAAGCAACACAGAGAAAUACUGGCAACGGCUGGUGGAGACCUUCAAACACGCCUACGGACACCGCACCAACCUCGGAGACAUCCACUACGAGCCGGAGGUGCAGGAAGUCUACGAGAACCUCAUCGAUCCCUCCUUCGCUGCGCAGAUACGCGAACUGAUCCUCGACGAUCGCACCUUCACCAACAUGUCCUACUACGGAGCCAACUUCACCAACGUCCCGGACCACGGCACGGCCCACAUUUCGGUGCUCGCCCCCAACGGUGAUGCCAUCUCCGUGACCAGCAAUAACAGCCACCUGGGCGCCAAGGUGCGGUCCCGCCAGACUGGUUUCAUUCUCAACGACCAGAUGGACGACUUCUCUACGCCCGGCCGCAUCAAUAUUUACGGGAUUCCUGCCAGCCCGGCCAAUUACAUCAAGCCCGGCAAGCGGCCCAUCUCCUCCACCUGCCCCAGCAUUGUACUGGAUUCACAGGGCAAUGUGAAGUUGCUGGUAGGCGGCGCCGGCGGCUCCAAGAUCACCACCUCGGUGGCCCAGACCAUCCUCCGCUACUUUGUCCUCCAUGAGCCCAUUGAGCGGGCCGUCAACGCCGGCCGCCUUCACCACCAGCUGGACCCCAUGUACAUCGAGGUCGAGCCGGACGUGCCCCGGCACACGGUCGCAUAUCUCCGUCGCAUCGGUCACGAGGUCAAGUACUUGGACGGUGACAAGGCCUACUCCGCCCAGACAGCCAUCGGCCUCAUGGACUCCGAGCCCCAUCCCGUGUGCGAUCGCCGUCGGGUGGGCAGCGCCGUGGUUGUGGAGCCCUCGCUGCCCUAAGCCGGAACUUCUUUGGCAGACAUCUCUAUCCAUCACCAUUGUGGGUAUAGUUGGAACCAAAAACUAUUGUCGGAAGAAGAGACAUUCUACAUUCAUCAAUCUAUUAAAAUCUUCUGUCGUCCUUUGACGUUUAAAUUAA